GUAACCCAAUCUUCAGCCUCUUCCUCUUCCUCUUCUUCCGAGCUCGCAGAGUAUCGUUCUCCCUGUUAUCUUACGUUCACGGACUUAAUCCCUCAAGCUACGCACCUUAUAGUCUGCCGCUCCGCCGUCGUACACCACACAUAAUGGCCAACUACAAGACCCACCUUACUGUCAUUGCUGAGGCUGCUGCAGAGCACCCGACGACGCCAGCUUUCCAGAUUCCUAUCCUCGACCAGGUCACUGGUCGCGUGCAGACCUGGCAGCCAAUCAGCUACCAGGACUUUCACGCGGACGUGGAGCACUUCGCAACCUAUUGGAACGAUAUCCUCACGAGGGAUGGUGUGCAGCCUCGAUCGGUUGUCGGGUUAUGGCUUGGAGGCAUCACAUACCUCGACGUCGUCCACAUAUACGCCGUUGCACGCGCGGGUUACGUUCCUCAGCUCUUCUCCCUCCGGCUUCCCAACCCCGAUAUCAUCUACGAGCUGCUUCGGAAGGCCAACGCGCAGGCGCUCAUCUUCGAGCCCACUUACACGCCCGACCUGUCCAAUUGCCAUGUGCCCACACACGCCGCGGUCGACGCGCGCCAUCACGAUCUCUCGAAGUCAACGGUUCCCCCGAUGACCGAUCUCACGAAAGUGAAGGGCACAGAUACCGUCGUAAUUUUCCACACCUCCGGAUCGACCUCGGGCUCCCCCAAGCUCAUCCCCUGCAGCUACCUAUGGCUCACGACCAUCCUUGCCAAAGCGAAGCUCUUCUCUAAAACGCUCCGACGCGACGGUCCAGACGUCAGAAACUUCAUAGGGAGCGUAUGUCACAUCGGCCAGACCUUCAUGCUCGUCGGCUCGCUGCAGAACGGCGCCUGCACCGUCCAGCCGACGACGGUCGACUUCAGCUCCGAGGAGCUCCUCGACAUGAUCGUCCGCUGCCGUCUCAACCGGCUGACGCAGUUUCCCGCCUUCCUCGGCAUCCACAUGCGCAACUCGCGGCAGAACCCCAAGCUGCUCGCGCAGCUCCACGCACUCGAUGAGAUCUUCUACUCCGGGCAGGCGAUGCCGCAGGAGGACGAGGAGUGGGCGUACAAGAACGACAUGAAGCUCAUCAAUGUCUUCGCCAACACUGAGUGCGGUAUCAUGCUGACGUCCGUGCGCGGCGGGGGUCGUCCGGGCCCGUCGCUCCGCCCCAUCGCCGGCUCGCGAUACGGAUUCUUCCCCGUUUCCGGGACAAACGGGCAGGCGCAGUCGGCGUACCACAAUCUGAAUGGCGAGCUCGUCGAGCUCGUCAUCCUCUCUGACUCGCCGGACUGCCCAGACCCGUCACUCCGCGCCGCCGACGGACAUUACCACACGGGUGACCUGUUCCUCGAGGUGGAGCCCGGUGCGUACGUAUCGCGGGGACGGAACGACGACUGGAUCAAGAGUGCGAACUGUCUUCGCUGUGAUACCAAGGCUAUCGAGGACAAUGUCCGCGCGACGUGCGAGGCGCUCAUUUCUGAGUGCAUCGUCGUGGGGAACGGCCGCCCGUCGCCCGUGCUCUUCAUCGAGUCAAACCCUACGCGGAAGAUGGACGACGACAAGCUGAAGAAGGAAAUCCUCCGCAGGACACGUCAUUUCCACUCGAGGAGGUACAUGCACGAGCGGAUCACCUCCGCAAAAAUGAUUGUGGUCGUAGCUGCGGGCACAUUACCACGGACGGCGACGAAGGGCAACAUUCGACGGAGGGCCGUCGAAGAUAUGUUCAAGUCUGAACUGGAUGCGGUAUUCAGCUUGUAAGCGGUGGACCUGACUGCCCCAGAAUUUCGGACUACAUGGACCAUGUUGGACCACUCGCACUCACGGCGGCAUUAAUACUCCUCACGGCGGCAUUAUUACUCUACUUGCUCACAUAAUAAGUGCACUCAAACAUCUAAUUGUCGCUUUAACUUUACUACUAUCAUUAUUAGCAGAGUUUCUUGUACACCCCGCUCUCAUCACUCUCAUGUCAAUAGGUGAAUACGUCUACACAGAAGUGACACGA